AGAUUGGGUGAUCCAAAAAAUUGAAACAAUGGUCGAAAAACUAUUAUCGAGUAUAGCAAACGGAACCCCACCAGUACUUCAAACUGUGUCAAAUGUAAAAAGAAGAGAAUGUCAUACCGAAUAUGAUGUACAAAGUGGUACACUUCGAAGAAAAAGUAACAACUUUAAAGAUGUUUCGUUCUUGAAAAAUCCGAGAGGAUUUGCCAUCAUUAUUCGAAUACUUGAUAUAUGUCAUGAACUUCUCAUUCAAGAUGUGACUGCCACAAAAAGAGACAUAUAUUACAAAGAUGUUCGACUGUUCGGCAAUCAGCACACGGUUGACGCGGCAAUAGAUGAAUUAGCUUGCCUUUUUCGUGUUCCGCGGGCUUGUUUGAAUGUGACUGCUUCAGCUAAAGGUUUGGUUGCUGGUGCUCUCAAAAUUAUUCAAAAAGACAAGACAAUACUGAAUUGCCUAUCGACGAAUAAUCAAGCUACAUUUCAAUAUUUGCUGUCCAGUAGAAUAUUUGAAAAAUUUGGUCCUUGCAUAAUUAUCACUGGUAAAGGGUAUCCGGAUCUUGCGACUCGCCAAUUAGUUAAAAUACUUGGUGAUUUACGCCGUAGUAAUGAUCUGAUAAAUUCAUUCAAAACUAUUCCAAUCCUUGGCUUUUUCGAUAAUGAUCCGUAUGGGAUCGAUAUUCUUAGUGUUUACAAAUUUGGAUCGACGGCUAUGUCUUUUGAUAACGAAAACUUGGCAACACCUAUUAUAAAAUGGCUCGGAUUACACUGUUCCGAUUGGCGAAAAUAUAACAUUUCUAAAAAUACGUUACUUCCUCUCACAUCAGCGGACCGAAAAAAGGCGUAUCAAUUACUUCAACGUGAAUAUUUUCAAGAUGAAUGGAGGGACGAAAUUUGUCGAAUGUUAUAUAUGGAAAAGAAAGCUGAAAUGCAAAGUCUGUGCGAGAAUGAUGAUAUAUUAAAUUAUUUAUCGAUGAAAUUUAAGAAUCCCGAUUCUUGGUUGUAA